UACAUUAUUUUUAUCAUUUGAUAGAUCUUUCUUUAAGCUAGAUGGUUCAUUUGUCUUCCAUACGCCUUACCAUCAUCAUGAAGAAAAUAUAUUUAGCUGUUUUUGCUAGUAAUGUAGGUAUGAUUUCAUAUGGUUUAUUCUUUGGCUGGCCAUCACCUUCAUUGUCUCUUUUAAUGCAAAAUAAUAGUCCUAUACCUUUAACAUCACAACAAGCUACAUGGGUUACAUCCAUUUUUACCAUGGGUGCAGCUGUGGGUGCAAUAUAUUGUACUUAUAUUAUAAAUAUAAUUGGUAGGAAAUUGACUCUACUUUUCACUGCGAUACCAAUGAUAAUAGGAUGGAUGAUGAUUGCUUUUGCAACGUCAGCAUGGGAAUUGAUUGUUGGUAGAUUCUUUUGCGGAAUAAGUAAUGGAAUUGGGCAUGUGUCUGCCACUAUGUACGUAGGUGAAAUUUCACCAGCUAAAAUAAGAGGAAUAUUAACUUCAUCGUUGACUGUAGCUGCAAAAUUUGGUAUACUGAUUGAAUGGCUGAUAGGACCGUUUCUUUCUUUAAGAGAUCUCGCACUUGUAUCAUCAUCAAUACCAAUUCUCUUCUCGAUGAUUUUGAUAUCAUUACCGGAAUCUCCGUAUCAUUUAAUGCGCCAUGGGAAAUAUCAGGAGGGGAUUACAUCUCUUAUGCACUUAAGAGGAACUACGGAUGUUUCUAAAGAAGCUGAGAUCAUCGAGAAAUAUAUAAAAAUUGAUUUGGCUAAUAAUACUGGAUUAUGGGAAUUAAUCAGCAUCUCAGGAAAUCGGAAAGCGUUAAUAGUUGUAUUGGGUUUAAUCACGAUUCAACAAUGGAGUGGCAGUAUGGCAAUACUUUCAUAUGCCGAAAUAAUUUUCAAUGAGACGAAAAACGAAUUUGAAGGCAAAUACCUGACUAUGAUAUUGGGUGGUAUCCAAAUAAUAUGUGUGGCUAUCAGUACAUCUGUGGUGGAUCGGUACAAUAGAAGGACUUUACUCAUAUUUUCAGCAUCGGGCGUUUUCAUUUCCACUUUUCUUAUUGGUUUGUCUUUUUUCCUUCGGGAAAUGCAAUUAGACAUCAAUGGGAUCGUUUGGUUACCAGCUAUUGGAACGAUACUUUACAUUAUCAUGUAUGCCUUCGGCUUGGCUGCACUUCCAUUUACCAUGAUGAGUGAAGUUUUUCCUACGAAUGUUAAAGCACUUGGCAAUACAAUUGGAAUGUUAUGCUGUUAUUUUUGUUCUACUAUCGUGACUUUCUCUUAUCAACCUAUUGCUAUUCAGUAUGGGACAUAUAUUGCAUUUUGGUUCUUUUCUUUCACCACUAUCGUGGGUAUCAUUUUUAUAUAUUACUGCGUACCCGAAACGAGAAGAAAAACAUUGCAAGAGAUACAGGAUCAAUUGCAUGGAUAUAAAUUAUAAUUAAAAGUUGUAAAUUUUUUUUAUCAUCUAAAAUGAAAAGAUAUGUAUAUAUCUAAAUUUUAAAAAAAUAUUAUCUUUAUAUUAA